UUCACAAUUCUCACUUUCUUGCUCAGUCCAUCAAAAACUGAAUGGGAAAUGUUGUGGAAUUGAAGGUAGGUUUGCAUUGCGAGGAAUGCAUCAAGAAAAUCUUGAAGGCCAUCAAGAAGAUUGAAGAUAUUGAAACAUAUAAUGUGGACGCACAACUGAACAAGGUCACAGUGACUGGAAACGUUACAACAGAACAAGUCGUUAGGGUUCUUCAAAAGAUUGGAAAGAUGGCAACCACUUGGGAAGAAGAAGGACAAGGAGAGGGAGAGGGAGUAAAUUCUUGAACAACAACAAUAAUCAUAAAAUCUUGCUGUAAUUUCUAUCUUAUUAGGGUUUUGAUCUUUUGAGGGGAUUCACAUCGCCUUCAAUUUUGCAUUUUAAUCUCUGCUACAAUAAAUAAAAUGGUUCCUCCCAAAUUGAAUUAGAUGAUGAACAAAA